AUGAUGGAUACCAUUACGUUCGUGUACCAAAUUCUCAAUCCGAACCUGUUGCUGGCCGAGGACGUCGAGCUAGCCGCUUUCACAAACUCGCCCGAGGUUUACCAGGGCAAAGGCCAGAUCUUCAGGUCUGUUCUCGACGCAUUGAAGGGCCACGACGAGUGGCUGAAGAGGUUCAAUGCAGUGUGCAGGUCCGUCGGCCAGACCAGCGAGCUCGGACCCACAUAUCAGAGGUGCAGAGCCGACAUGACGGAAGCUACGGAUGAGACUCGAGCUGUUGCCUUGAGCAAGGUGCUUCCCAAUGUACCGCGCUUGCAGGCGGGCUUGGUCAACGGCAUGAUGCAACCUCUGGAGGACAUGCUUGUCGAUCUGAUUCGAGCUGAGGUGGUUGCGACGAAACACAAAUACGCGGAUGGCAAAGCGAUCGUCAAAGACGUCCAGGCCUUCCAGAAGAUAUUGGCCAUUGCGUCAGACAGCUUCCCAUUCUUAAAUGACAUCUCGGAGUGGAUGACCGACAUUUCCACAAUCUUGCUGAGCGUGCAGGCGGGAGCUACCCUGGAUGAGUUCGUGAAGGCCGUCAAGGAGGUCGCCCAGGAGGCGAGUACACAGACGUUGUCUCAGCUUGGAGUUGUGAUGCAGCGCUCGCAUGGCCUGAAGUUCCAGCGCCCCGAGGACGUGAACUUAUUCAUGGACGCUUGCCAGAAGAUCGACGAGUUCAUGUUGCAUGGCGUGUCGCUGUUUUGCUCCGAGGGCUUGGCCAUGCCAACGGACGAGCUCAAGCAGAACUUGGGAUACUCGCAGGACCUGCUGAUGAUGGACAUUCCCGCUGACCAGCAGUCCCAGGCACUGCAGAUGUACCGUGGGGCGGCGAAGUGCUACGAUGGCUUGACGCGCCUGGCCGUGUGUUUCGUGGGUUCGCCUCGUGAUGCGACCAUGAGCUUGGCCCCGCCAGAUCGCGAGGCGCUGGAUGAGCUGCAUCGCGUCAACAAGAGCGCCAAGAACGCGUUCGCCGAGUUCACCGAGAUCGGUUCCACGCACGGCGUCACUGACCUCCUGGCCAAGCUGGCGGGGCCUGCUGACGCUGCAAUCGGGAACGCUGUGAAGACCACUCUCGAUUCAAUGCACGAGAACGUUGCGGACGCGCUCUUGACAGUCACGACGUGGCAGGGCGGUGUCGAGAACGGACAUUGGACCGACGGCCUCGAGCACAACGACUGGAAGACUGUCAAGGCGACGCUCGACGUCACGGCUGGCAAGCUGUGGGCCAAACGCGCUGUGUCGAACGGCGUCUCGACCCCCGUGGGCGAUCAGUGUUUGGAUUGCCGUGACUUCCAAUGGGGCACUUCCCCAGUCUGGAGGAGCUUCGAGGAGGUGGCCGCCGAGAACACUGGCAACGAGAACAAUGCUGUGUCUGCUGGUCUCGCAGUGAAGAGGGGGGAGAAGGCGAGGGAUUUCAUUCCUUCCACGGUGACGGCGUCGCAUUCCUCGGGCUACACGGUGAAGCGGUACGUCAAUGUUCUGAACGCCAGUGAGUUGAGGGCGGAGCUCGACAGGGAUCCCAAGGGCAUGGUCGUGAAGCACGUCCCGACUAUGAUGCUGCCGAACCCCAGGGAGCCAGGAUCGGUCGAGAAAGUGUGGCACUUCGAAUACGACCCGCUCAGCAAGUACCGCGUGGUGGAGUUUUUCGACACCUUCAUGGCGGAUCGUUGCACUCAGAGGCUCACCCCAGAUCGGCACUACUUCAAUCAGCAGGACUCGAGGUGCCUGAACAAGGUUUGCGGCGAGGUUCUCUCGGAGGCGCUUGUACCGAACGAGAAGGGCGCAACGCUUGAGGCUUCCUUCAUCGUCGCUCCGCCCACGCUGGACGACAUCAAGGCGAAGUCCGCAGGGCUGAACGAGCGCAGGGACUCCAACAGAGCUGCGAGGCGCGGCGCUGACCACAUGGAGCCGACUACGCGGGAUGACCGCCUUGGCGGUGAUGGUGGCGAUGGCGAUCCUAGCGAUGAAGGUGGCGCCGUCGUCGUCGAGGCAGCCUCGUCGGGGUCGAGGCAGCCGCCGCUGCCACCGCCUGCGGCACCUCGUCGCCAGAGUAGCGGCAUGUCGCUCCACAACGAUCCGUUGACUCCGAUCGCUGCCAGGACUCCGCCUGGCGGCGCCGCCAGGUCUCCCGAAGGUAUGGACGAUGCCGCCUCCAUGGCAGGCGAGUCGUUGGUCAGCUUCCGGACUGCGGGCGGCUUGGAGACCGUCGUUGUCUACAUGGAGAGUAGGCUUUCAUCCUUAGACUUCGUGGGUGCCAUGACCAAGGGCAAGCAGGGGGUCGCCAAGCAUCACGUGGCCGACGCUGCCGAGAAGCUGCACAAGCACGGUUGGACGGACGAGGCAAAGGAGAUGCGGAAGAAGCUGAAGAUUUUCAACUACGCCGAGAUGCUGCACUACUCUGUGAUCAUGGAUCAGUCGCCUGAGAUGUUGCACCUAGCUCUGGACGCGCUGAAGGACGAAGGCAUUCCGAUCCCGAGUGAUGUUCACAAGAACUUGUUGCACAGGGCGAAGAACGAGCAACUCAAGGGCAAGUGCGACGAGAACAUGGCCAAGGAGCUGGUCACCAUUACCUUGCCUUGGCGGGCGUCGCAGGUCACCGCUGGCGAGGUCUACAACGUGAAGGCUCCGAAGGCCGCGCUGUGCGAGUGUCUGGACUCGCCGUGGAAGGUGUCGUUCUUUUCGCAGGUGGUGGGUACAAAAAUCAUUGAGCCGCUGAUCAUGGCGGGCGACGGCGGCAUGCCCGUCUUGAGCAGCGUCCUGGAGUACAUCGAGAAGUUCUGCAUGGAGGUCGCGGAAGCUGAGAUGGAGGUGAGCCAUUGGAACAUCAGCGAACCGUGA